AUGUAUGAGUCCUAUCGCCCCCAUCCCCUACUGGCUCAGGUCCCCCUGACCGUUUCCCCCUUCAUCAAUCUCCCCACUUCCGUCACUCUCCCCUACACCUACAAGUCCGUUCCCUCGACCAUCCCCCCUUCAGUAACAGUCGACUCAAGUAACCCCGAUGUCAAACCUCGCUACGUGGUCUCAGCAAGUGGCGAGCAUGCUGCCUCCCCAGAAGAAAUCCUAGCAUCCUGCAACGCCCUUGAGCAGCACCUGAACAAAACGCGCGCCGAAGCCGAGAAGGCAAUCCGGGGCUGGGAGGACUCAAUCACCCAGCGCGACCUGGCAGAGAAGCGACGUGUGGCUCCCGGAUGGCUAGACAGAGACGAGAAACUACUUCAACCGAGUAACGCGGCUGCUGGCCCUAGAGCACAGGGCCAACCUCAACCUAGUCUCUUAGACAGCUCGUUCUCCGACCCCAGUGCGGCCGCACUACCGUCCAUGGUACCACGAGAUGAAGGUGAAGAAUUGGAUAGAGCAUUUGGUGGACUGGACGUGAAAUGA